GUCGCAUCUUUUCAUUCGUUUACUUCGUUGGCUCAUUCAUUCCUCCCUAAUAUUUUUCAUUCGUUUCGUUCGUUCGCUCGCUACCUAGCUUGCGAAAGUCGUACUGCUAUUUUUUUCAGUUAUUAUGUAUUUGUAUUAAUGUAAAUUAUAAUUGAAAAUGUGUUCUCCACCCUAUACGUACGUUUUAUCAUAACAGUAACUAAAUAAUAGUCCAUCGCGACAGUUCGCGAUGGAUGUGCCGGAUGAAGGUGUUUUGGAUGUGGAUUUGUUAGGGGACGAAGGUUCCGAGGAUGAGGGAGAAGGAGCGCCUCCGAGUUCUGACUUCUACGCGGGUCCGGCGUCGACGCCAACCUCUUGCGCGUCGUCGCCGCGGGGCGAGGAGCCCGCGUCGCCGCACGGGGGUGCGGCGACGGUGCCCGCGUUUUUCCACCACCAGCCGUACGCGCGGCCCUUCUUUACCUCGGGCCGCCGCGGGCCCGGCAGGCCGAGGAAGGAAGGCGCCAAACUGGCGAGAGAGGGCAAGAUUGUUAGAAGGUACCGAGGCGGUGGUGCUGGCUCAGUCCGAGGGGCUAAAAGACACAGAGGCAGCCGAGAUGACGUCCUUGACGACAUGAUGGACGAGGAUGACUUCACCAUGCCUGCUCCUGAAGAACCGCCUUUUAUGCCUGAGAAAUGGCCAGGCAAAGCUUGCGCUCUUUGCAAUUUGACCGAGCGCAGUCAGCUAGGCCAAGGCGAGAUGCGUCAAUUCCUCUGCAAUAUCGGCGAAGGAGACGGCAGCACGACGCCAACAGUGCCUAGUGGAGGGACCACUCCCAAUCCUACUCCGAUUAGUACCCCAACCACCCCUGUCACCCCCGGUCUGGCCUCCCCGCCCCCUGAGCUUGUGGACCCUAAUCAACAUCCCUUGGCGUUGCCACUGAGUAGGAGGCAGAAAGCGUUUAAUAAGUGCAAAACACCUUUACACAACCUAGAACACAUAGACGAAUUGUCUAUCAUCGGGCAUGUGGAGUCCGUUGAGCUCCCUGCUGUGGUGAGCUCUGGGGCUUUCUAUGUGCACCGCUGCUGCCUUGAGUUCAGUCCACCGUUCCAUGAUCAGGUUGCUGCCUCAGCAGAGGAGGAUAAGGAACAGUUAGAAGAGGCCCGGGUGCGGGGCAUUGUGACGACCGCGUUGACGCGAAAAUGUGCCUUUUGCACUAGACAUGGUGCGAGCAUUCCUUGUAAGAUGAGUUGCAGUAAAUACUUUCACCUGCCCUGUGUUCUCGCUUCCGGAGGUUUCAUGGACUUCCAGACCAAGUCUUCGUUUUGCAAGGACCACUUGUAUCAAGUGGCACUUAUUUGUACAGCUGACAUUGACUGCCGGACGUGCCGAGCUAUCGGCGAUAUAUUCAACCUCAUGACAUGCGUCACUUGCGGCGCGCAUUAUCACGGGACUUGCGUGGGCCUCGCACAGUUACCAGGAGUACGAGCGGGCUGGUCUUGCCGCUCAUGCCGAGUGUGCCAAGUCUGCCGCGGAGAGAGCGCCUCCGGCGUGCCCGCUGCAGACUCCCGCGCCGUAACGUGCGAGCACUGCGACAAGAUGUACCACGCCAUGUGCCUGCGGCCUCGCAUGGCCACCGUGCCUAAAUACGGCUGGAAGUGUAUGUGCUGCCGCAUCUGCUCGGACUGCGGCGCGCGCUCGCCCGGCGCGGGCCCGUCGUCGCGCUGGCACGCGCACUACACCGUGUGCGACUCGUGCUACCAGCAGCGCAACAAGGGCAGCUGCUGCCCGCUGUGCCGCCGCGCCUACCGCGCCGCCGCCUACCGCGACAUGAUCCGCUGCAUCACUUGCAAGAGAUACGUUCACGGCAUGUGUGACCCGGAGGCCGAGCCGCAGCAGUACCGGCUGAAGAAAGAGCAGAACCCGCAAUACGAGUACAACUGUCCCAUUUGCAAGACGCACAUGCAGAUCGCUGGCUCGAAACCCGGCUCUUUCGAGGAUGACAACGCGGCUUCUACGUCCCAGGACUCUUCGUUUGGUGACGAGAAUUCGCAGCAGGAACAGGAUCCUCUCGCUAUUGAACCUAAGGUCCAUGCACUAAACGGGAAUUCCUUUCAGCCGGACGUCGGCCUCGGCAAAGGCAAGCCGUACACGGUCUCCUCCAAAGUCGCUAAAAAGAAGAUGGGCGGCUACAAAUUCAAAGGCGGGAUGCACCCCGCCAAACUGGGCUUCCAGAAGCGAGCGCGGUCGGGGCUGGACUUCGGGCGCAAGCGCGGCACCAAGCCCAAGAUGCGGGGCGUGUUCGGCGUGCCGGGCCUGGGGCUGCAGCGGCCGCAGGCCCCGGACAACAAGACCACGGAGGAUGAUCCGGGUGUAGAAAAUAAGCUAGUGCUGUGUUCGAGCAAAGACAAGUUCGUGCUGACACAAGACUUGUGUGUUAUGUGCGGUGCCGUGGGCACAGACUCCGAAGGGUGCCUUAUCGCCUGCUCGCAGUGCGGGCAGACUUCUCAUCCCUACUGUGUUAAUAUUAAGGUAUCUCAAGUAAUAGUAACAAUGGGCUGGCGCUGCAUCGACUGCACGGUCUGCGAGGGCUGCGGCAACCGCGGCGACGACGGCUUACUCGUGCUCUGUGACGACUGCGAUACGGCGUGGCAUACGUACUGCGCGAGGCCGCAGCUGGCCGAGGUGCCGCGGGGCGCCUGGCGCUGCGAGCGGUGCAGGAGGUGUCUCACUUGCGGGACCAGGGAGACCACGGCUUGGUGCGAGAACUACACAGAAUGCGGGCCGUGCGCGUCGCUAGUGAUGUGCUGCGUAUGUUCGGAGCCAUAUUCGGACGGAGAACUAAUUAUCCAGUGCGAAAAGUGUAUGCGAUGGUUGCACGCUUGCUGCGACUCGAUAAGGAGUGAGGCGGAUGCCGAAAUUUGUUGCAGAGCCGGCUACAACUGCGUGGUGUGCCGCGGGCGCGACACGGCGCCGCCGCACCUGGCCAAGGCCGUGGAGGCGCCGCCCGCCGCGCGCGCGCCGCCGCCCACCGCGGCCGCGCUGGGGCUGGGCGGCGAGUACUACGUGGACGACGUGUGCCUCAGCCAGCGCGGCGCGCACCACAUGAAGCAGCUCGAGGCCGAGAUGGGCAUCACGCACACCCGCCGGAAGAGGCGCUUCAAGAACGAGACCACCGAGAAGGACCAAGUGGUACAGAACGCAGACGUCGAGAUGCCAGACGACUCCAAGCCAGACAGCACGGCCGAAGUUAAAGAGGAACCUGGUAUAUCAAACGCGAACCUCAAAGAAGGCAUACUCUGGAACGUAGUAAACGAAGGCCCCCCGCCCGAAGGCUUCACCGUGUACACGACGGAAUCCGGGCUGACCGUGCUGCGGAGAAAGAGACAGAGGAACCUGAACAAGCUCGGCAUUGGCGGGUUCGUGGUGCGACAGAGACAGAACACUAAGGCGCAGGUCGAUGAUGAGAAGGAUGGUGAUGGGACGCAGGCGUCUGGAGAAUCGCCAGGCAACAAGCGUAAGCCGCGUCGCAAACCGCGCUCCAAGCUGAUGGAACAGUUCCCUUCUUACAUGCAGGAAGCGUUUUUCGGGAAGGAACUGUUGGAACCUGCCAAACCGGCUGUCAGUUCUACAGGCAACCCGUCGUGCAGCCCCGGCGGGCUGGCGCGGCCCGGCACGCCCGAGGGCUACCGCGAGCUGCGCGACUUCCGGCCGGAGCCCGACAACUCCGACAGCGACGACGAGGACGUGCUCGCCGCGCUCACCACCUUCAACGAGAACGACAGCUCCUACAUCAUCACUCUCAACUCCGAGGAAGUGGAGCUUCUGAACACCCUAAAGCCCAAAGUAGAGAAAGAGGACCCCGAUAACUCCAAAAUCAAAACUGAAGUCACGGAAGACGGCGUAAAACAUACCGAGGACUCAACAGCAUUGAAGAACGCAAUUCUAGGUCCACAACCAGCCGAGAGCGAGCCAUCUGUGCCCUCGGAGAUACCCACUGUGCACAGUACUAAGACUGAAACUAUCAGCAGCGAAACGGGGGGAUCGUCCCAAGCGUCCACGAUAUCACCAAAAGACGAUCUGUCGCUAUUGGGCGUCAAUCUGGACGCCAUGGUGCGAGAUACUCUCCCCGAUAUGGACAGCAACGAUGUCGAUGAGAUAUUCAAGGGCGUGCUGACUGACGAUUCACAAGAAUCUCAAGAAUCAUCCGUAUCAUACGUGAACUCCAUGGCCGGCACGCCGUACUCGCAGCAGCGGCAGCAGCUGCAAAGUCCGAUGGAUUACGCCUCGCCUUACCACACCGACUUCGGCGGUAGCAGCAGUAACAGUGCUCUGAGCCCGCUGUUCUCGGAGUGCGGCGGCGGCGCGUGGGGCGGCGACCAGCCCGCGGCGCCCACGCCCUCCUACAACCAGCGCUCCGCCGAGAAGAUGCGCGCUGACGAGAGCUUAGGCCCCGCCGCGACCAUAUCUGCAGUUCUAUACGCGAACACCAACCACCCCGAAUGGAAGACCGAAUUCCCCAACUGGACCGACCGCUGCAAGCAAAUACUAAAGAAAUGGCGCGCGCUCCCCGUAGAGCAAAAGGCACCUUAUUUACAACGAGCCAGGGACAACAGGAGCGCGAUUCGCAUGAAGAAAGCACAGCAGGAGCAGGAGCGCGCGUGCGGGCAGCAACGCAGCGCGCGGGAGGCCGAGCAGGAGAGGCAGUGGAAGCAGUUGCAGCAGUUGCGCCAGCAGCAAACGCAGCAGCAACAACAGAUUAUUCAUGAUCAGCGGAUACAAGCAGCGAUGCAGCGGCUCCGAACUCCGGACUCCGAGCCGCCGCCCUCGCCCGCGCCUGAAGCUCCGCGCAGCGCCUUCCCGACCCAACGGUUCCAAUACGCGAACGAUGAGAACAUCAACCGGCAAUUACGAGAUCUGCUACAGCGGCAUCCUGAGAAGAUGUGGCCUGGACAAGGGAGCACCGAAGACGGCGGCGGCCCCACGGGGCUGGAGGGGCAGCCGUUCCGCCACCCUUUGCCUGUAGGGCUCCGGCCUCGAGCUCCGCUCCCGCCUGGCCAGCGCCCUGACCAUCCACUUCUUAUGCAUCAAAGGCUGGUAGCACCCGAUGGCACGCCCAUACAGCAAGCCGUCGGGAACCAGGGGCAGCAAGUUGUUGAACAGAAACCACACGUCAUGCCACAGCACAGUGCUCAAGGCGGGGAGAGCAAACAGGAGCCUGGAGAGCACGGGAAUGAUGAAAUGGACAUGGGCGAUAUGGACAAACUGGAACAGGACGCAGGAAACAUUGGCGAGGUGGGCGACAUCCUUACCGGCCUAGGCGGAGAAGACGACGAAGAGCUCCUAGAAUCACUAACAGCCGAAAUCGGGGAGCAGUUCAACAUCCUGGAGUACGCCGACCCGGAGCUGGCGGCGCUCAACGACACGGAGCACAUCCUCGACGGGCUGGAGCUGGAGGAGGUGCCCGAGCGGCAUGCCAAGCGGGAGCACCCCAUGUUUAAUAAUUUUUCCAGCGAGGAAUCUGAACAGAAGCCUGACACCAAGAUGGACAGCGAGCUGCAGAAAGCGGUGAAAAAUAUCGAGGCGUCGCAAUGCAAACCGGAAGAUGACAAGCCGCGGUUGCCGCACCAGCAAAUGCUACAGUCGGCCAUGCAGGCCAUCAAGUCGGAGGUGAAGCUGGAGGGGCCAGAGGUGAAGGCGGAGCCCGAGUGGCGCGCCGGCGCCGCGCCGCCGCGCCCGCUGUUCCCGCAGGCCUUCCCCGCCGCCCGCCUGCAGCAACAAGGCAUGGUGCAGCACGGGCAGUUCACCGGCGCCCCGCAGAUGGGGCAGCAACUGGCGCGCCCGCUGCAAUUCCAGCACCACAUGCAGUUCGCACAGGGCGGUGCAAGCAGCGUAAACUCGGCGAGCAUCGUCAAUGCCAUGCAGGCGCAGGUGAAGGCGGCCAUGCAGGCCGGACGCAACAUCGCGCCGGGCACGCGGCUCGUGGGCGCGGACGGCGCCGUGGGCGUCGUGCGGCACGACCGCACCGUGCAGCUCCACACACUGCCGCACUCAGCGACAGUGGGUGCUGGCGUUUCUCGGCCGCCACCGCCACCGCCGUACCCCGGCACGCUGCGUCAGCCUCAACCGCCCCCGCCACCGUACCCACAGGUGCCCUAUGAAGCGGCGGACUGGGGCGACUGGCUGCAUCGACGCCCGCUGCUGCUGCAGAACGUAAACCAGGAGCAACCGUUGCUUCUGGAGGAGCUCUUGGAGCAGGAGAAGCGCGAGCAGGAGCGGGACGGCGAGUGGCCGGCGCCGGCGCCGCCGCCCGCCGCGCCGGCCGCGCCGCCCGCGCCCAGCAUCCCGCUGUACGCCGGCGCGCCGCCGCCCGCGCCGCCGCCGCCCGCCUCCGACGCCGACCACCACGCGCGCCUCGUCUACGAGCAGUGGCUCAAAGCCUACAACGCCUUCGCCGCCGACCAGCUGCGCUACUACGAGCAGGAGGUCCAGAAGCUCCGUAAGAUCCGCAAGUCGCUCAACAGCAAGCAACGUCAGCUGCGCAAGUCGGGGAACGAGCUGAUGCCGAACGACGCGGCAGAGCUGCGGCGGGUGUCGGCCGAGCAGGCCGCGCUGCAGAAGCAUCUCGAGGCGGCUAGGAAGCAGUCUCGCCAACACAGUAUGCUCAUACAAGAAUACGAGACGAAACAACGGCAACAAAAUCCUCAACUAGCACAACAAUCUGUUAUAAGUCAACAACAGAUCACGACCAACCAGACCGUCUACACUCAGAAUCAGAGCAUUCCUCAAUCGCCGCAAAUGCAGCAGACCGCCAUCAACCGGCCGAUGCAAAUAGGCUUGCAGGGAACUGUUCAGCAACAACAGAUUAUAAGGAACCAGCAAACUGUCCUAAGCUCAGACGGACAGCAGAGGAUAGGUCUUGUGACGUCACCGCUCAACGCUCAAGGCCGCAUCCUCCAAAGCGGACGAACGCUAGUGAUAGAACAAACAGGAUCACCUCAACAGCAACUAGUCAGACAGCUUUCUGGGGUGCAAGAGAGACCACAAUCCGUCGGCAUGGUUCAGUUCGGGCAGCAGCAACUAGGAGUACGGAACACGAUGCCCGCGGGCGCUCAAACUCCACGCCCUGCCGGCACGAGACCCGCCAUGUCACCACUACACGUGCAAUCCCCACAUUCGCAAUCUCCUUUACAUUCCCUAGCGCCACAGUCGCCUUUACACCACCUGACCUCCCCCAUGCAAUCGCCGCUACAUUCCCAACAAUCCCCUUUACACCACACGUCGCAAUCUCCUUUACAUCCCUCGACGCAAUCACCUCUCCACACCCAACAAUCUCCGCUCCACUCCCAACAAUCCCCUAUGCAUGUGCAGCAGUCUAACGUGCCGCAGCAAUCUCCGAUGCACCAGAGCCCGAUGCAUCAGAGCCCUAUGCAUCCGCAACAGAGCCCAAUGCAUCAACAAGGCUCAAUACAUCAGCAGAGUCCAAUGCACCAGCAAAGCCCAAUGCAUCAGUCUCCAUUACAUCAACAGAGUCAAAUAUCUCAGCAAUCGCCGAUGCAUCCUCAACAGUCGCCGAUGCACUCGCAACAGUCGCCUAUGCACCUGCAGCAGUCGCCGAUGCACACGCAGCAGAGCCCGAUGCAGUCGUCGAUGUCGCCGCAACAUUUCUUGCAACAGUUGCAAGCUCAGAGAACGAGCCCGCAGUUGCCGACGCCUAGUAGGAGUCCACAAAUAUAUCAACAAUCACAAAUACAAAGCCCGGUUUCGUCACAUUCGCCUCAGAUGCAGUCGGGUGAUUAUACUACGAGUCGGUUUUCACGGCCAGCGCCCGGUUGUUCACCAUUGCCUAACCGCUUCGCCAGACCUCCGCAUCAUCAGCAAGGGAUGAGAGUGGGAGUGCCGUUCGGCAGUCGUCAGCAAACGUCCCCGCUCGGCAGCCCGCAGCCUCUGCCUUCACCCGGCAACCCGGCUAAUGAGAUGGCGCGGCAACAAAUGUUGCAACGCCAGCAGUACAGCCCGAUGGGCGGCGCGCCGCCGUCGCCGUCGCUGUCGCGCUCGCCGCUCGUGCGCACGCCCACGCCGUCCGCCUCGCCCGCCGCCUCGCCCGCGCCGCUCGCCGACCACGGCGGCGGCCUGCACCACCACGCGGCGCCCCUCCCGCCCGGCUACAGAUACUUCAAGGUUGGCCUGUUCGGCGGCGCCCCCGUGUGGCCCGCCAAGGACGACGACCGCCGCAGGCCACCCCACAUCAACAAAGUAUCCAUAUUAAAGCGGCGAACACCCCCGCGCCCGAGGUUCGCCGGCAAGAGCGCCCCCGGAACCUCCGACGAGCGGCCGUCUGAGGAAUCCGCCAGUCAGAGCCCCAGCGAGACGAGAGAGUUCGUUCUCUACUCGUCUGAUGGAGUAGAAUAUUCAGCCAUGUCCGACGACGCGGCGAGAAUGGGCUUCGCGAAAGACGACGACGAUGAUGAUAUAGAGGAAAUAGUGGAGGAACACCUAGACGACGCCGAUAUAGUGGUAGUGGAGCCGGGAGCGAUAUCGCCCGAGGAACGAAUAGCCACCGAGGAGGACUUUGAGGAGCUCAUCGAUAGCGGGAAACCUGAGGACGAAAUGGAGGAGGACACUAUCCCUGAGAAAACUACUACGAGAACCGAGACUACAACUAAAACUGUAGCAGUUAUAAGUUUGUCCACUGCUAAUAAAGCUUCCCCUAACGUCCAGCAAUACAAGCUUGUGAAUCCGUCACAAAGCAGUGCCUUGUCGAGACUGCCAGUCUUAAGCGCCACCGUGCUGUCCCCGCAUGCCAACAAUAAGAUUGAAGUCUCACAAGCGACUGUCGCUUCUGUUUCUAUCGCAAACCAGACCAUUUCAGUGCCCGUGUUAAAGAGCCUUUCCGUUCCUAUUGCCGGCCAUGGAACCGGAGCAAAAACUCACCUCAAAAAAGUGCCUCUUAAUUUAAAUAAUCCUCCUUUAACUAUCAACAUGUCCACGCACCCACAAUCGAAGCCGAUCAGCUCAGUCAUCAGCGUUAUAUCUUCAAACAUACCUAAAACGGCAACCCUGAAUCCAGUGAUUACGCUCGCGACGUCCAACACUGCGGCCGGCGCUUCCAGAGUACCAGUGUCGAUACUAACGCAACAUCAAGUCAAACAAAAGAUCGUCAAAACUAUUGAAAAGCCAAUGGCUUUGUCACUAUCUAAUACUAAGCUCUCUAGUCUCUCAGUGACGCAUGACGUGACAUUGCCGGCAAAGAUUUUCCAAGAUGAAGCGGCAUCCCCUGACAGCACGGUUGCCUCAGACACACACGCAGACAAAGAAAUACACCAAAUAACUACUACUGCGCAACAUUUGGGUGCCAUGACCUCUCAAGGUUUAGCUCAUUUAGACCAUAAACCACCUCCGAUCAUUAAAGAAACAAGCAAAGAUAUCGACAUUGAGACUGAAAUCAGUCAGCAGACUGAACUGCCACAUUCGUUAUGUAUAACUGACAGAACGCCAUUGCUCCUCGGGAAGGCGGACAUAAAAAGCCCCGAUCCUAUACCUGAAAAGAUUCCCGACAAUAUCAUGGAAGGCGACGACGAAGAUAAACCUGAAGACAGUCUACAAAGUAACCUAUUACUCUCUUAUAACAAAUCGAUCUCUGAUCAGUCACAAAAUACGUCAGCAUCUGAUAAACAAGCGCAAGAAAACGUGGUAAAAACGAUUAAAGCCAUCGCAAACCAAACUAAAGAGAUGGUCAUAGAUUCCAACAUGCAAAUCACAUCUGAUAUGACUCAAGAAUCUGUACAGAUUUCUAUACCAUCCCCUACCCCGUCACAGGAGAGGUAUUUGAAUGAUAUCACUAUGCAAGAGCACGCGGAAACUGUGGAAGGUAAUCAGAAACGCGUGGAGACGUUCGAAGACAUGCUGUGCAUGUUAGAGAAUAUAACAGAUGAUGCCAAACCGUUUGCUAUGAAGCAAGCUAACCCUAAACCGAAUCCUCAAACACAUGGUCCACAGAAUCCUAGCAUAAAUCCUACUCUAAAACCGGAAAAUAAGGAGCCAAUGGAGCACAGUUUCCCUAAACGAGAUACGGACAGGUUGAGCUUGCAGUCUGCUACAGUACCCCAGCUCUCGCCACUAUCCCAACCUUCAGAGUUACAAUCUAACAUGGCGAACGUAUCUCAACAACUGCGGACCAUCAUGUCUUCCCUCAAUACGGCAACGUCAAAAGUGGAUGCUCAAACUGUAUCAUCGCUAAUGAGAAAAAAUAGUGACGCUACAGCGCCAACGCAAGUUAAUUUUGAGAACCUUCUGCCAUCGUCCAAAGUCGAAGUAGCGGCUUCGAGACCGUCUCCGAUACAGAGGAUGGACAAACCGAUAACGUCCAUCCCUAAUUCAGAUAGUUUGCCUAUGAGCGCGGCACAAAUGCUCGGAUCCCGAGUCAACACUCUUUCAUCAAUGGGUCAAAAUAGAAAAUCACCUACAGUGUCUCCUAUAAGUUCUCCUGUCGGCAUGCAAAACACAUUAAUGAAAUCCCCUGCUCAACCACCCUUGAUAACUAACCAGGGCUUCUCAUCCAGCGAAGACAUGAACGCUACAUCUGUAGCUUCCCAAAUUAUUCAAAUGCCAGCGCUCUCUAAAAUACACAGCUCGUCCGCGCCGCAGUCCAUAAUGCAUUCCAACAACACUAUCACGACCACUGUCAGCGGAUUCCAAAAAGGACAACCAUUGCCUACAAGCAUAUUAGGGCACACAUUGCUCCAGCCCACGAGACAGAUUAAUACAAGUAACCUACCUUUCAACCCUCAAAGCAUUAGCUCUAGUCAACCCCCAGCGUUAGUCAUGACUUCGCGACCUAUGAUGGGCAAGGAACCGCCGCCAAACGUGACCGUCCGUCACACAUUAGUUAGCCCAGGAAUAAGCCAAAUGAACCAAAUGCAGGCGAAACCUCCCCAGGGACCAAUUAAUUUCAUCACGUCUUCCAAACUAUUGCAUACGCAACUAACUUCUCCGUUGAAACGAUCAAAAUCCACUGAUGAACCUAAGACCGAAGUUAUUGUAGGUCACAUACAACCUACUAAAAGGCAUAGCGUGGAAUCGGUCAUUGUGAAAUCGGAACCGAUGGAGACCGAUGAGCCCACGGCGACUUCCACGAUCGUUACAGACAACGCUGGUAAUAAAAUCAUACAGCAGAGUUCAGCCAAUCAGAGGAAUGAUGAGUCUCAAAAUGUAUUAUUAAAGCAAUUGCUACAGACAACCACUACAGCCGCAACUGUUGUCCCACAGCGGACAAUGACUAUUCAAAGGACUGCACCGGCUUUAGGGACAAUACCCUCGCUAGAGGCCCAGUUAGCUAGACCUUCAAUUCCACCACCUACUCUAGCCUUGUCUCAAGAAGUGGAAAUACCCAAAAACUCGCCGCGACAAAUUAUGACCCAUAAUACACAAGUUAGCUCUCCAUACACCAGUCGACCGGGCAUGCAGACUAUCCAGACCAUGCAAGGCAUGCCCAUGCACACUUCCAUUCCGACGUCGUCGAUGUCACCUUUGCUGCACUCCUCCACGCAGUCGCUCAUGGACGUACGAAAACAGACUAUGAAAAUUAUGACUAAAGAAGAGACCACGCCGUUGCCUGAGAGUUCACCAACAAUCAAGACGAUGCCAAUGUAUCCCAUGGGCAUGGACGCUCAACAACUCCAUCAAGCAAUAAAGAAGGAAGUCACGCCGCCACAACAAAGCCCUGUCAUGAGACCUUUUACUCCCAUGGAUGUUAAGAAAGAGCUGCUCGAUGAGAGCUCCCAGCAAUCCGCAACUUCUGGAGUCUCCACUGCUUCAGAUCAAGGGAAACUCGACCAGCCGAUGAAGGAAGAGUUUCCUGAAAGCGUCAACAUGGAUCCUUCCGCGGAAGCUAACGCUCCAGAAACGCCUUCCGAAGCCAAAAAACGCAAGAGGCGAGAAUAUCAGCAGAAGAAGAGGAAACAAUUACAACUGAACAUGAAAAUGGCAGCAGAGAACAAUGUGAGUGCGGCGAACGCCAAGAAGAGACCGCGAAAGGGCUCACGUUACGAGGAAGACUAUGACACGUUUAUUGACAAUCUGAUGGCUCAACUGCGACUUCUGCAGCCAAUGCAAAUUCAAGAACCGUCCCUAACUACUAACUUUGCAGUCUGCCCACUUUUCGGGUCCGGAGACUUGACAAAAUUAAAGAACAAGGACUACGAUAUUAUGAAGGGUGACCUAGUUGGAGAAUUUGGGAACGCAAAGAUUCCAAAUGUCGCCGAUUACUACAACACGAAGCCUUUUGGUGACGAUGAGCCACUGCCCGAGAAACCGCAAACGUCUACUCAAAGAGGGUUCUACGAUCAAGAAUUCCAACCGAUAGUGUUUGAUGAAGAUCCAGAAGAUAAGAAACUGGACUUCAUUUGUAAGGAGCGAGAUACGGAUACUCCCGAUAGCAUAGUUAGCUGUUCGAGUCCAGAGUGCCUUGAUAUCGAACCAGCGAACCGCUUCCCUGGUCUAAAACUCAUCGAUGACGACGAUGAAGACGAGGACAGUGAUUCAGCAAUGUCCGGUAAAAUGUCCCCGAUCAUACCUCUCAUAGCGCCUGUUCCCAUUCGAGUCAAACCAGUCUCACUGUUCCAUUUGAAGGACGAGGAUGGCUCGACGGCGCUGAAGUGCCUCGACUCAGACUCCCCCAUGAAGACUGUCGACUCGCCAGGCAGCACAGAGAGCAACGAAAACGUAACAGUAACAUUAACACUCACUUCCGGUGCCGCUGAAGAUAUACUAGGCGUGUUGAAAGAACUUGCGGGCAUUUUACACAUACCACCGCCAACUUCCUACCAAAUCGUAGAAAGAACAGCUACGCCACCGUCCCACAAGUUGGGGCUGUACAGAUCAAAAGGUAAAGAUGGAAAGGAGGGCACGCCUAUUGACAUCCAAAGCAUACUCAAUGGAGCUGCUAAGUUCUGCCGUCAUUGCGAUGUAGUCAUUUUAGAUUCGGUCGUCAGAGCGAAAGCGUCCGAAUUCCCAUUGCUAUCGGCCAACAAAGGAAAUGCCGAAGACAUACUAUGCGAUAGUGACUCCGAAUUAUAUUUCUGUAGUACGCAAUGCUACGAACGAUUCGCUUGGCGGCCCACAAACAUCAUUCUAGACGGGAAGCCAAAAGCGCCCGUAAAAGAGGAUGUCAAGUCUGACAACGAGACAAACCUAUCUAAAGACCGUGACGACUUCGACACGGCGUCCACAGAGAGCAUGGAAACGGACGAUUUAGACAUCAAACCGGACAUCAAGGACGAGAAAAUGGACCUAUCCUUCAUGGACUCACUCGACAACGACGAGCUGAUGAAAGAAGUCGGGGAGGACGUCGGAUUAGGCGCCUUAGAUGAAGAUCUCAAGAACGAAUCAGACGAAAAGAGCAACCAGAGCGUAGAGAAAGAAAAAUACAGAGGUAUUCGUUACAAAGCGUGGUCGCCGGGCUGCAUCGGGCCACCGGUCAAGUACAAGCGGCCCACCGACCGAGAACUCACCGAACUCGUAUUCAGAACUGGGGUUGCUAUAAUGCCGGUGACCACGGAAGAUUCUAGACGUUGCGAGCUAUGCGGGAUCCAAGGCGACGGAGUGGCGGAUGGUGUUUCAAGGCUACUAAAUUGUGACGUGGACCGCUGGGUGCACCUCAACUGUGCGCUGUGGUCUGAAGGAGUGUACGAGACGGUGAGCGGAGCGCUGAUGAACGUGGAGACGGCGCUGGCGGCCGGCUCUAAUGCCACGUGCGCUGUGUGCCGCCGCCUCGGCGCUACUGUGCGCUGCUUCAAGGUGCGGUGCGGCAGUGUUUACCACCUCGGCUGCGCCGUCAAAGACAACUGCGUCUUCUACAAGAACAAGACUGCUUUCUGCGCUUCACACGCACCCAAGAGCGAAAAAGAUAACGAGCUGACAACCCUAAGCGUUCAACGUCGGGUAUACGUGUCGCGCGACGAGCAGCGACAAGUCGCGUCCGUCAUGCUGCACUCCGACACCAACCACCUUAUCCGAGUGGGAGGCCUUAUCUUCCUGAGCCCCGGCCAUCUGCUGCCGCACCAGCUGGCCGCCUUCCACACGCCCAACUACAUCUACCCUAUCGGAUACAAGAUCGUGAGAUUCUACUGGUCGAUGACGCGCGCCAACGCGCGCUGCCGCUACGUAUGCUGGAUCUCGGAAGACCAGGGCCGGCCGCGCUUCCACGUGCGCCUGCAGUCCGAGCCCGAGCAGGACAUGAGCGCGCCCACGCCGCGCGCCGCCUGGGCCAAGGUGUUAGACGCAGUGGCAGCGUUACGUGAAGCCCGCGGGGAGCCCGGCGUGCUGAAGCUGUGGCCCAACUAUGUGACCGGCGAGGACCUGUUUGGGCUUACUGAGCCUGCCGUCGUGCGCGUGCUCGAGAGCCUUCCCGGCAUAGAGACGCUGACCGACUACCGCUUCAAGUUCGGGCGGUCGGCGCUGCUGGAGGGCGGGCUGGCCGUGAACCCGUCGGGCUGCGCGCGCGCCGAGGCCCGCUGCCGCGCCUCGUGGCGCCGCGUGCCCGCCGCGCGCGCCGCGCCCGCGCCCGCGCCCGCCGCCGCCGCCGACCACCCCGCCUGCCCCUACAGCAAGCAGUUCGUGCACACCAAGAGCAGCCAGUACAAGAAGAUGAAGUCCGAGUGGCGCAACAACGUCUACCUCGCCAGGUCGAAGAUUCAGGGGCUGGGCCUGUAUGCGGCUAGAGACAUUGAGAAGCACACGAUGGUUAUCGAAUACAUCGGCGAGAUCAUCCGCUCCGAGCUCUCCGAAAUCCGCGAGAAACAAUAUGAAGCGAAGAACCGCGGCAUCUACAUGUUCCGGCUGGACGAGCGGCGCGUGGUGGACGCCACGCUGUCGGGCGGGCUGGCGCGCUACAUCAACCACUCGUGCCAGCCCAACUGCGUGGCCGAGGCCGUCGAGGUGGACCGUCACCUGCGCAUCAUCAUCUUCGCCAAGCGCCGUAUCGCGCGCGGGGAGGAGCUGGCGUAUGACUACAAGUUCGACAUCGAGGACGACGCACACAAGAUCAUGUGCAUGUGCGGCGCGCCCAACUGCCGCAAGUGGAUGAACUGAACGCCACCAGGACAGGACGACUCGCAGUAAAUAGCUAGUGAGCGAACCUUAUCGUAUUGGUUUCGUUUUAGUGUAAAAAGGCUAUGAAACCUAGUUUUUACCAAAGUGAUUUUAGUACCCCUAGUGUUAAGUGUAAAAAGUCUUAGGUAACCGAUUUCACUUUCUCGAGCUGGCAAGUGUGAUUUAACCGUAAGAAUAAUGAUUUACAGAUAAUCUAUAGUUUAUUAUAAUUUUAUAUGUAGACGUCGCGACGUUUGAACACUUUUUGUACAUAAUAUUAAAUCGGUAUAUGAAACGUUGUUAUUGAAUUUUGAUGUUUUAAAUGUGACAUUUCGUAGCGGACUGAUUGGAGUAUUUUUAAUUUAAUAUUUUGAUGUGUUCUAUGAACUUUCGGUGUGGCCGCUGUUUUCUAUUGACAUUUUAUUGAUUUUAAUUUUAAUAUAUUUUUUCUUGGAUGACUUUCUAAAUUGUUGUUGAAUCUUAUACAAAUAAAAUAAUGAAUCGAUAUGGAUUAGUAGAAUAGUUUUGAUAAUCUCACGCGAUGAACUACUUUAGGUAACCAAAUAGAAGAAUAUGCAUUUAGUACACUAGGCACGAGUAUAUUUUAUGAUGUAUUGUAUCAUUACAUAAUUAUGCCUUGUGGUGCCUGUUUUGUACGUCGUAGGAUGUUAACGUUACGGUAGGUUACACGACACCACAGCACGCCUUGGUCCGCCCGACCCACCCUACAUAUACUAACUAGUGUAUACGUAUUUAUGUAGCGUAGCGCUCGCGCGACUAUUCCGACACGUAGUGUACGAAUGUAGUGAAGCUAGUGAACUAUUACGAUACCGGUCAACGUAGUCACUUAAAAAUACAUUCGAUUUAUUUAAUCGUCUUUUAUAACUAUGAAAUAAAACUAUGUAAUAUAAGUCUCAAAUGAUAUUUUUUAUCAGACAUCAGACAGCUCUUUGAUAAGACAUAGAUAAUGAAUUCUCCGCGAGCUGUAGGUAGUGUAAUUUAUAUGAAUAGGUUAUUUUUCCAAAUGUGAUAUUACCUCACCCGGCGUCACAUGUUCAUUUUGUAGUGGCGACUUAGUUCUAGUGUUAGCUAGGUAUCGCGUAGGAACUGUAAAGUUGUCCGAGCUGAACUGCGACGCGACGCGUUACGGAAAUAUCAAAGCCGGCUGUGACUGUCACUUGUCCUAAGUUAAAUCAGUUUGCGUAUGUACAGAGGUCGCAUCGCGUUGCGUCGUUCACCUGGGACAGCGGUAAUUCUCCUCGGUAAACAAAGUGAUAUAUAUUAUGGGCAGUAGCGCGACGCCCGGCCCGGGCUGAACGCUGUGUCAAUAAUAUCUUAGUUCGAGUUUAUAGAAAUUUAUUUAAACACGAAGUUGCCAUCUACCAAUGUUAUGAAAUCAUGCAAUCUAAUUAUAAGUGUUAAAUGUGCAAUAUCGUAUCUUGAAUACAGAUUUGUAAAUAAUCCGCUGGUAGUAUGUUUAUUACUUAUAUUGUAAUCGCGAAAUAGUUUUUUAAAAGUUGUACUACAAUAAUCGUUUCAAUAAUUAUGUUCUGAUUGCUUUUCUAUUGACUUAUUUAUUUAAAGCAUUCCCAUAAUAUUGCACUGAUUUAAAAGUCGAUCCAAUCUAUUGUUUCAGAGUUAUGUAUGACAAUGUUUGUAAAUUGAAUACUGUAGAAAUAUUUCUAUGCAAUACUAUUUUUAUUGCAUUAUUUUCCUAUCAUUAAACCUUAAUUAGUAAA